CCACAGCAAUGGCGGCGGCGGCGGCUGCGGCGGCGAUGGCGGCUCCCGCGGAGGAGAGCGCUGAGGCGGCUCCCGAGCCUCCGGCCUCUGAACCGCCCGCCCCACCCGAACCGAGCGCAGCCGACGCCGAGAGCGGGGGGGAGGCCGCGCCGGGGGACGCGGCCGCCGCCGCCGCCGCUGUGGAGACCGAAACCGCGAGCGGAAAGGACCCGAUGGAGGCCGCUCCUGACGGCCCCGAGGCCAUGGACACACAGGCGGGGUCGGUGGACGAGGAGAACGGGAGGCAGCUGGGAGAGAUCGAACUGCAGUGCGGCAUCUGCACCAAGUGGUUCACGGCAGACACCUUUGGCAUCGACACCACCUCCUGUUUGCCUUUCAUGACCAACUACAGUUUCCAUUGCAACGUUUGCCACCACAGUGGGAACACGUAUUUCUUAAGGAAGCAAGCAAAUCUCAAGGAAAUGUGCCUUAGUGCUCUGGCCAACUUAACGUGGCAGUCAAGGACACAAGAUGAGCAUCCAAAAACCAUGUUCUCCAAAGAUAAGGAUAUUAUUCCAUUCAUUGAUAAAUACUGGGAGUGCAUGACCACGAGACAGAGACCAGGGAAGAUGACUUGGCCUAAUAAUAUUGUCAAAACUAUGUGUAAAGAAAGAGAUGUGUUCUUAGUGAAGGAGCACCCAGACCCAGGGAGUAAGGAUCCUGAAGAAGACUACCCAAAGUUUGGGCUUCUGGACCAAGAUCUUGCCAACAUUGGUCCUGCGUACGACAACCAGAAGCAGAACAACGCUGUGUCCACGAGUGGCAAUUUAAAUGGAGGCAUCGCCGCGGGAGGCAGCGGGAAAGGAAGGGGAGCGAAACGCAAACAGCAGGACGGCUCAACGACUGGAACAGCCAAAAAAACCAGGAGUGACCCGUUGUUCUCUGCGCAGCGUUUGCCACCCCACGGUUACCCCUUGGAGCACCCCUUCAACAAGGACGGCUAUCGUUACAUCUUGGCUGAGCCAGAUCCCCACGCACCCGACCCAGAGAAGCUGGAGUUGGAUUGCUGGGCAGGAAAACCGAUUCCUGGGGAUCUGUACAGAGCCUGCCUGUAUGAAAGGGUCCUCCUGGCGCUGCAUGACCGAGCUCCUCAGCUGAAGAUCUCAGAUGACAGGCUGACUGUUGUCGGGGAGAAGGGCUAUUCCAUGGUACGAGCCUCGCACGGGGUGAGGAAGGGAGCGUGGUACUUUGAGAUCUCCAUGGAUGAGAUGCCCCCAGACACAGCUGCCAGAUUAGGCUGGUCGCAGCCACUGGGGAACCUCCAGGCACCUCUGGGCUACGACAAAUUCAGUUACUCCUGGCGCAGCAAAAAGGGAACAAAGUUUCACCAGUCCAUAGGGAAGCAUUAUUCAUCUGGCUACGGACAGGGGGACGUUCUGGGCUUUUACAUCAGUCUUCCAGAAGAUACUGAGACUGCCAAGUCGCUGCCUGACACUUACAAAGAUAAGGCUUUGAUCAAAUUUAAAAGCUAUUUGUACUUUGAAGAGAAGGAUUUUGUGGACAAAGCUGAGAAGAGCCUGAAACAAGCGCCGGGAAGCCAGAUCAUAUUCUUCAAGAACGGCGCCAGCCAAGGAGUCGCUUUUAAAGACAUUUUUGAAGGAGUUUAUUUCCCUGCUAUUUCUUUGUACAAAGGCUGCACGGUUUCUAUCAACUUUGGGCCAUAUUUCAAGUACCCCCCCAGAGAUGUCACCUACCGCCCCGUAAGUAACAGCACGCAUCUCCCUCACCUCACAGCACAGCAUUUCAACAGAAGGGGACUGGGAACUCAGUGCUGGGAGGGGAGAUUUACAGCAGGGCUGCACCUCGCAUCGUCGCUUCUACUCACAGCUUGAUGGUGCAGCCAGAAGGAAUGCAUUUAAAAAUCUGGGAGAGGCAAUAGCAAGAGAAAAGCAGAACAAGGAUGAGAAAAAAACUUGGUGGUUAAGCCUGGCUUUGUUUAAGCAAAGGUGUUUUUGUCUUGGC